CGUCUGUUAUAGCGGACGUGUUUUUUUACCCUGACCUCUUUGCUACAGAUCCACGUUGUCCGCCGGAAGGUGUUAAACUGUUUUAAUUCUUCAACGUUGAUGCGUAUAAAGUCGAUAUUUCUGUAAAUGAUGGCGGGGAUUGUGUGCCGUACAGCAAGCCGAAUUAUAUCGAGUCAAGUAUCAUGUAGCAGCUCUGUGGUUUCUGUCAGACACAGUCACUGGUUCACUUCAGUGCUUUCCCUGAAAACCUCUUCGCCACUGAGAGCAGAACCCAAGAAGAAGAAGAAGGUGGACCCUCGGCGAGAGAUAAUGAUGAAGGAACGUCUGAAGAAGAAGCUCAAAAGGCUGGAGAAAGUUGCACCAGAACUGAUUCCUAUUGAAGACUUUAUUACCCCAGCCAAGUGCUUUGACGAGACCAGGAUCCGUGACGCUCCUAAACACUCUUUUGAGGAGAGCGAGCGCAGAGCCCUUCUGCUGAAGGAAUGGUCCAGAUACAAGUACAGCCAGCACCAGACGGAGAUGGACACCAUCAAUGAGGCUCUGGAGGCCCAGAGACAAGCACUGGAUGAGCUGAAGCUGGAGUCAGAAGAGCUUUAUAAAGCAGCGGUCAGUCCAGACACAGACAUAUUCCCUUUCCAGCAUGAGGGGCCCAGUUACACACCCCCCAUUACAAACUAUGAGGCUCCAGAGGGCAAAUACAACGACAUUACACGAGUUUACACACAGUGAGGUGAGCUUGAGCUUGAAACGAGUGUUUUCUGGUCUGAUGAAGAGCAGAAACAUCAGAGAAAUGAACUGAGAGAAGAACGAACCAAAUUAACUUUAUUACCAUGUUGUGAAUCAUUGUUCUUCGUGUGUUAAUCAUCAUUAAAUCAUGUUGUGAAUGAAUAUUUGUCAACACCCGUUACAGCACAGGUUGUGUAUCUGGAAUA